CAGUAGAUUUAUUGUGUUUUACUGUGCAGCAGCCUGUGUAUUAUUAAGACAGAUCGAUGGCUACUUUCUUUAAGGAUAUCUUGGAACCUUCUCAGAGGGACAUCUUUAACCAGUUAACCCAGGUGAAAAUAACCAUGGCAUUCUCCAUAAUUUCAUUGAAAGAUCGGGAUCUGUUAUCCAGCAAUAUUGGCCUCCCUUCCCAUCUCAUCCAAAGUUGCCGCCAGUGGCCAGCUUACACCAACUACACAUCUCCCAUAGUCAAGAAGAUAGCUGAACAAGACAAGUUAAGAAUUGCUAAGAUGCUGCCAACACCCCAGAUAAGCAGUGAAAAAUUGCACAGCACUGAAAGCUAUGAAGAUGUUGUCCCACAGAGGAAGCACUGCUAUGGAUCUCAGCAAGCAGGAACUACUGAAACAAGCCCAGCAUUUUCAUAUUUGCAUACACCUUCCAGUCCCCUUUGGAUGUGGAAGGACGUGCCUGGUGAUCUAGGGGUACAAACCAGCCCAUUACCUCUGGGACUCACAGCUUCAAGUAAUGUAGUGAUUUUUUCCAGAAGAGCCCCUUUCCAUGUGUUGCCAAUGAAGCUGCCAGACAUCACUCAGUAUAGGAAAAUCAAGACUGUACGACUACAGGAAUAGCUCCUUGUGCAUUUGACUGCUCCAGGCCGCAUUAAAAUCUCUCUGCAAAUAAUAA